CACCAAAAAUCAAAACGUACCCUUAUUUCUCAAUUCCCCAUUUUGCCCUUCACCUUCUUCCUCGACAAGCUUUUGCCAAUAACUACGCCAAAAAUCAAAUUUGAAAAUUCACCAUCUCCACUCCGAAUUUCCAUUAUUCAGAUAAUUCGAGGCUGAUUUUGCAGCCCCUACGGUGUUUUACCCUCAAUUGGAGUACAGUUUGUAUCCAAUGCUGGGAAGUUCAGCAUACGAUGAUGACCCCUCCAAAGCAUUUGUUGGGAUUCGAUUUGUUCUAUUCGGGUUCGAUGCAGUUCGUGAAGAGGAGAUGCGGUCCAUGCUUUUAGAAGGAGGGGGAGUUGAUACUGUGAAUUAUGGACCGUAUUGCAAUCACGUGAUUGUCGAUAAGCUUGUUUUUGAUGAUCCCAUAUGUGUUGCUGCACGAAGAGAUGGCAAAGUAUUGGUGAACGGACUAUGGGUGGAACACAGCUAUGAUUCAGGAAUGCCUGUUGAUCCUACCCGUGUUUUGUAUUGGCCAAUGAGAGGUCUGAAUGGGAUUCCUGGAGCUAAGUCUCUGGUUAUAUGCCUGACUGGAUAUCAAAGACAGAAUCGAGAUGAUGUCAUGAAUAUGGUUUCCCUGAUGGGUGCCAAUUUUUCGAAACCAUUGAUAGCUAACAAGGUUACUCAUCUGAUAUGCUACAAGUUUGAAGGGGAAAAAUUUGAGCUUGCCAAGAAGAUAGGAUUCGCGAAGCUAGUUAACCAUCUCUGGCUAGAAAAUUGCCUGAAGGCUUGGGAGCUGCUUCCGGAAGCCGAUUAUGCUAAAAGUGGAUAUGAAUUGGAGAUGGAGGCUAAAGCUAAAUAUUCUGAAGAAGAGACACAAGACAUGAGCCUAGUAGAUGUGAAAAAGAAUGACAUCAUCAAUCCUCACAAUAUUCAAAUUGAGAAUACAAAUUUGCAUGAGUCACCUGACCAGCAGGGGGGUUCUAGAAACAAUGGUUAUGUGCCUGCAUUCGAAAGUUUUGCAAAUGUUGGAAAUACCGGCAAAACCCGCUCCACUCCUAGAAAGGAGAAUACCAGUAAAACAAAGUCAACUCCAACCAAAGAGAAGGCCAGCACCCAGUCAAGUCCUAGAAAAGAGACUGACUUUGGAAAAACAUCAGUAUCUCAUGAUACUCAUGGUGACAAACUUGAUACAUCAUACUCUUCUUGUUCCUGGAGUCCUGCUAAAAUGUUCUCUGAGGUGCCAUUUAAUGUGCCCGAUGGUAAAGGAAACACUGAAAAUAUUGAGCAUGCCUUAGCUUCAACAUCUGGAAGUGCUAAGAAGUCUGUAGAUGGUGGCUUGUCCAAAUUAAGUAGUAAGAGUAUGAAGGCCAGUCUCCCUCUGUGGUCAGAAAGAACUGAAAUUAAUCCAGGAAGUCCCAUGUCAAAUGUAAGUAAAACCGGGCUUCGUGGAGGUUUUGAUAUACCAAUGGAGAGAGAUCUGGAUGCAACUGAUUCUCAUGGCAUCAAAUCACCAUUGAUGGGAAGCUUGUUGCUCCCAAAUGAGGGACAAACCACUGGUUUGCCCAACAAGAUGAAACCAACUGUUCCAUGUGGUAGUUCGAGAUCGCCAGUUUUAAGCCAUUCUCCAAAAACUUUGAUCAGGGGUGGAUUGGCUACAAAAACGAUGGAAACGUCGGUUUCUAGAUCUUUAGUUGAUGGUUCAUGUCGAGUAGCCUGUGAUAUGUCUCCAGUUAAAGGUACUAGCUGUUUGAGGGAAGAAGUUACUGGUGCUUUUGUCACGCCAUCAGGGAAAAUCCAAGAUGGAACUGGAUCUGCUGUAGAUAAAACUCCUUUAAAGGGAGAUGUUUUGCACCUCGAUGAGGAAAAUGUAAGCAGUUUGCCUCGUACAAAGAAAAUGAACGUCUCACGUAGUGAUUCAAAAUCAAGGAGACUAAGCCAUUCUCCAACUACCGGAGCUAGUUGUUUGAGGGAAGAAGUUGAUGCCGGUUCUGUCCUGCCAUCAGAGAACAUUCAUGAGGGAACUGAAUCUGCUGGAAUAAAGACUCCUUCAAAGGGAUCCUUGUUGUACCUUGACGAGGAACAACAAAGCAGUUUGCCUGGUACUAAGAAAAUGGCCGUUUUACACAGUGGUUCAAAAUCAACAAAGCUAAGCCGAUCUUCAAAGGUAUUAAUGGGAAGUGGAUUGAAUACAAAACCGAUUGAAAUGGCAGGUUCUGGAUCUUCAGUUUGUGGUACACGUCAAUUAGCUGCUGCUGUUCCUCCCACAAAUAUCACUAGUUUUUUGCAGGAAGAAGUGGGCGAUGUUCUUCACAUGCCGUCUGAGAGGGACGGAGAUGGAACUGAAUCUGGAGGAAUAAAGACUCCUAUAGAGGGAGCCUCAGUGCACCUUAACAAGGAGCAAACCAGCAGUUUGCGCGGUAGGAAAACUACUGUUUCUCGUAGUAACUCCAAAUCAACGAAACUAAGCCGUUCUCGGAGCAUGUUAAUGGGAACAGUAUUGGGUACAAAAGAGACAGACAUGCCUGUUUCUGGAACUCCAAUCCCUGCUUCACAUCAAUCAGCUGUUGAUAUAUCUCCAUCAAAUAUCACCAGCCAUUUGAGAGAGGAAGCUUCACUGGCCUCUAAAGAAGCUUUAGUCACGUCUACUCAACUUCAGGAAAGACAGGAGUGCAAUGAUCAAACAAUUAAAUCUUCUCGAGGAAGACCCAAAAAGCAGAGGUUGCCUGAUUCCGAUGGGAAGGACCUUUCUCUGAGAAGGACCGAAUCUUGCACCGAGGGACAAGAAAUAUAUCAAAGUGAUCCACCAGAUUUCAGACCCCAAUUUCCGAGUACAAGCUCUACAGUAGAGAAACUGGAUAAUCAAGCGGAUUUGAACUCUUCAAAGGUAGAUCACAGUGGUACCAAGUCAAAAUCCCCAAAGAAAAAGAUGCUUGCCAGGAAGACAUUGGGUUCCAAACCAACUAUCUGUAAAGGGAAAACUACAAAACACAAAGGACUGCUUUCUUCUGUAUUGCAGAACAAGUUCAUAGGUCAUUCGAAUGGAGCAGUUGGCGUGGAACACAAAGAAAAUGCUUCUCUGGCCGAGAAGUUUGUCACCGUCUCUUCAAACCACAAUGAAGAUGUAGGUGAUGAAACUGAAACUCCAGAAUGCGAAGGGCUGAAGAAAUCUGCAGAAGUCGAAGAACCUCAUACAAGCAAGGAACCUGGCAAAAAAAAAACAAAAAAGAUGGAGGCAAAAUCAAAGGUUAAGAAGAGCGCUGAAGCUAAAAAGUCUCCAGAGUUGCCAGAACCAACAUCAACUGUUGAUGUUGUAGAGAAAAAGGUAGCAGAGGGCAAGAAACGUCCUUUGACCAAGUCUAAGACGAAUAAGUUGAAGGAUCAUACCAAGGAGGCCAAACAAGACGAGAAGGAGGCUGUCUUGAACAAUGGAGAAAAGGUUGUGUUGUCUGGUAAAGCCGCUAAAAGACCAUCUAAGAAACUGAAAGGUUCACAUGACGUGGAGAAGGAAAAUGAACCUGUUACAAAUGAACAACCAAGUGUAAGCUGUGAUACUGGAGCAGCUGGAAAUUCUACUCAUAAACUUAAAACGCCUCUAAAAAAUGGCAGGGCAAAUGACCUAACCACCAAGACUGAACCUGCAUGGUUUAUAUUGAGUGGGCAUAGGCUUCAAAGAAAGGAGUUUCAGCAGGUUAUAAGGCAAUUAAAAGGAAAAGUAUGCAGGGACUCUCAUAAUUGGUCAUAUCAAGCAACACAUUUCAUUGUUCCAGAUCCAAUUCGAAGAACUGAGAAGUUCUUUGCAGCUGCUGCAUCUGGAAGCUGGAUUCUCAAAACUGAUUAUCUAACUGCUAGCACCGAGGCUGGAAGGUUUUUGUCUGAAGAGCCAUAUGAAUGGCAUAAGAAAUGCUUAACUGAAGAUGGAGCAAUCAACUUAGAAGCUCCAAGGAAAUGGCGUCUUCUGAGGGAGAGAACAGGUCAUGGUGCAUUUUAUGGAAUGAGUAUAGUCAUUUAUGGAGAGUGCAUUGCUCCUCCACUGGAUACUUUGAAGCGUGUUGUAAAGGCCGGAGAUGGGACCAUACUCGCAACCUCGCCUCCAUACACGCGUUUUCUAAAUUCAAGGGUUGAUUUUGCCAUUGUUAGCCCGGGCAUUACCCGUGUUGACAUGUGGGUGCAGGAGUUUCUCAGACACGAGAUACCCUGUGUUCUUGCUGACUAUCUGGUGGAGUAUGUGUGCAAGCCUGGUUAUUCCCUUGAUAAGCAUGUGCAAUACAACACUCAUGCUUGGGCGAAGAGUUCACUUGAGAAUCUGGUUAAACGUGUGGAGGAGGCUGUUGAUGAGCCUAAAACACCAGAAGAGAACUGCGUUGAUGACGCAGCAUGCCAAGUGUGUGGAUCGCGUGACAGAGGAGAUGAGAUGCUCAUAUGUGGUGAUGAGAGUGGUAGUCAUGGAUGUGGUGUCGGUGCCCACAUUGACUGCCUUGAUCCUCCACUUGAGGCUGUGCCAGAGGAAGACUGGUUCUGCCAUGACUGCUGCCGGAAAAGUAGUAGCCGGAGUUUGAAGAAACGAGCCUUGAAAUCAAAGAAGUGAUCAGUCUGUUGAUUCUGUAAAUUCUUACAAGGCUCGAUGGCAUUUAUGUUGUUAAGUAGCAAAAAGACAAUAAGGUUAACUGAGUAUUGCUGUAGACUUAGAAUGUGUUUACUGGUAAUGUACAGAUAGUGAAGAUGCAAACCCUUAAAUUGUCAAGUUUGUUAUGUUAGUUUUCGUAAAUUAUAGUAUUACUCAUCCUUUCCCUA